UGUCUUGUUGGACUCAUGGCAGGCAGUUACGAAUGUUGUGUAGGUGUAGAAGGCGUUACUGGAGAUAAAACAAUCAGAUUCACGGCGUGUGUACCGCACUUGUCACGUAAACGUUGUCACACGAAAACUCUUACCAGUUGUCAAAGCUUUUAGCUCGUGUGCUCUAUCCGGUUUCACUCGUAGAGGCUCCGUAGAUUUCGAAAGCAUGGAAAGCUACGAGAGCGUUUUGCUCGUCAAGUCUGAGGUGUUUGUCUUCAAAAUUCCACCGAGGACGACCAAUCGAGGUUAUCGGUGAUUACUAUCUGGAUAUAAAUUAUUUAAAUUACGUAAAACAUAACUAUGGUUUUUACUAUCAAGGGAAGUGUUGGAACAGAAGCAGUUAUUAUUAUCACUAUUGCAGGAAGUUCUGAUUCUCACUUAGUAUCAUACUUUUUCUUACUUGCAGUGCAGCAGACUGGAAUUUACAAGAACCAUCUUGGACAGGUCGUAUGCGUUUAGUUUCUCAAGGUGAUGCAAUUACUUUGAAACUGGAGGACAAAGUCAGUGGGGAUCUAUUUGCAAAAUGUCCUAUUGAGCAGUAUCCUGGAAUUGCUGUAGAACCUGUCACUGAUUCCUCAAGGUACUUCGUCCUACGUAUCCAGGAUGACAAUGGACGUUCAGCUUUUAUCGGAGUUGGAUUCCUCGACCGAUCUGACAGUUUUGAUCUUAAUGUAGCGUUACAAGAUCACUUCAAAUGGUUAAAGAAUCGUGAUCAGAUUGAAAAAGAGAAAGAACGACCAAAACAAGAGCUCGACCUACGAUUUAAGGAGGGGGAGACUAUAAAGAUCAAUAUGAAAAUAACGAAAAAAGAUGGCAGUGAAGUUUCCCAAAAAGCCAAGUCACGAACGAAUUCGGCAGGUCUUGGUUUGCCUCCACCACCAGGGGGUGUAAAAAUUGCACCACCUCCAGCUCGAACACCAACAUCAUCCCCAGCACAUAGGCCUGCUCAGUCAGCACCAGGUGCUACUGGUCAGCCAGGUUCUGAAUGGGGUGAAUUUGCGAGUGCGUCUCAGCAACAGCAACAACAACAACAGCAGCAGCAGCAACAACAGGCACCAUCGUCAAACGCUAGCUGGGUGCAGUUCUAAACACACUGCCUUGCAACAAUUUGCAUUGGCUUGCCUAGAUUAGGAUCCUUAUUCCCAUCCUCGUGCAUACGACGUAUAGUAAUAUCCUUCAGAACGUGGAACUUCAAGGAGGACCCAGGACAUCGAGCAGUAUGGUAUGACGUAAUCUAAUAUAAUAUAAUUAAAAAUAGGGAGGCACGUGACUUCGAGGUGUGUAUUACGCAUGCAAUGAUCUCCAUUUUCUGUCUGGAGACAGAACUGUUAAAGGCAACGGUACAAAAACCGUUUUGUUAUUCUUUCCUUGAUAAUUAUUCCUAAGAAUAUCUCACGAUCGUGAGAUAAUAUAGCAUUCAGACUAGUAUCGUGUCUGAGCAGUACUUUUCCAUGAACUGAAUACGUGAUCAGGAUUUAAAAAUGGCAAUAUGAUUCAUUGAAAGAAUUGAAUACUUUCAAAAGGAAGACACUCGAUACGCUCCAGUAAGCUUCUCUGUUUAGCUUUCUCUUAUUGAUUUCUGGACUGCAAACUGAUCCGCAACAGAGAAACAGUUUAACGGGUGUUUACUUUAAACACACGAGAAACGUGUGUAAAUCAUUAUUUGUCUUUUAUCAAGUGUUCAGGUAUCAUUAUCAAUGUAUUUUCAUUAGAUAAGUCGCGUGACAAAACCCAAUUCUCGGAAUCAGUAUUUUUAAAGAUAUCCUGCGCAAGGUCCUCAUUGCUGUUCUUGAACUGAAUUUAAACAAUUGAUAUCAACAUAUCGAUAUCAAUUUCUUCGUCGACUUGAAGAAUUCCAACGCUAGGCCGGCUUUCGACGUCUGUAAAUAACUACUCGAAAUCCCGAGGAAGCGCGCCGGUUUCUCAUCUUGGCCUAAAACACUCAGAAGAAGUAAAAGUACUUCCUCUAGGCUCUUUGAGGUUCAACACGAAGCACAUUUCUUAAUUUAAGUUGCAACGUUCGAAGAAAAUGUUUCAAAAUGUUCAAAACCGUAAGCGGUUUAGGACGUAGCAUAACGAGAAGCAGAGGGCGUUAUAUAUAAAGAAUUAAAAAAAAAAAGAACGAUAAGAAAUCAAGUGGCGAACGAUUCGGUGAGAAGAGAAAGAAAUAAAA